ACUCACCUUCCACCGGUGCACCAUAAACGAUUUCAAUGCAAAGAUCAACCUGUAUCUCGAGCAGCAGAGGCAACGUUGCUGCCAGUCCUCUUCCCAUCCUCUGAAGAUUAGUAUCGGCAGUGUAGUGUUGCGUACGAUCGGGAAGCUUUGAUCAAGCACAUUCAAUACGCAGACUGUGCAACUGUGCAGCAAUUGGGCACAAUGCUUCAGCUUCGGACAACGCUCAAACUGUGCUACUUCCUAUUCUGCGGCCUGGGUUUGUUGCAGGCAGCCGACAGCUCGCCCGUACUGGUGCUGGUCGCGAAUGGAAGUGACAUCACGAUCAAUUUCCCCGGAGAAAACAAUAACAACCGUGUGUUUAGCAUCGUCAGUAGCUCGGGCAACAACAACCCAUCUAUGCUGGACUGGAUCGGUGGUAAUGGGGCGAACAAAGCACCCUCCAUAACGCUGGGCAGCUCGAACGCACCUGCCCUGUCCCCGAAUGCCAAUGACGGCGGAAGCGAUGAAGAAGAGAAUGCUGCAGCACCCUCAAAUCAUUACCCCCGAGCGAUGGGCCCGCAAGGAUUGAACGCGUACGACGAAAUCGACGGUAUACUUCCGCUGGUAACGGCCGUAACCCCUAAAAUUGGGACCAAUGUCACCGCAAGCGCUGCUGCAUCCGUGGACACCACUGAUAAGGUGAUAGCGGCACCAGCUUGACAAACACGCUCGGUUCAACCUUGACCCAAAUUUCCGACCAAAAACAAACCAAAAAGAGAACAUUAGAAACAAAAUUGCUCCGAAAAUAGAUGAUGAUCGCACGCACGUACGUGUUGUGAGUUAUGCUGUUAUGCACACUGGUUUAUUCCAUUGUCUUAUUUCUUCUUACAUGAGUUUGUUAUAAUUUUUAGUUUGGGUGUUGUUUGUUUGUCUGUUUUGUUUCCUUAGCACAUAUAAUAAGGAGGAGGAAGAGUCUGAUAAAUAGAUUUGUUUUGUUUUCUUUUCA